AUGCAGUACUCACCUCCGUCGUCGUCCACGACGUCUCCGCACGCUGAACCGUUUGGCAGUGCCACACCCAUGUGCUCGAUGAUGGGUCCGUACACGAUGAGCGGUGACAGCGCGGCUCGUCCCGCUGUCAUGGUGGGCUCCGCAGCCGGGUUCGCGAUGGCCUUUUCAGCGUUCACGUCUGGCUUCUACGACCACGACGAUGCUGCACACCCGUAUCAGCGUGCAGCAAGCUUGCGCGAAGGUCCACGCAGUCGAACAAGCACUCACCAAGGUGUGUCUUCGGCAGCGCAGCUCUACGAAUACGCAGGGAGCAACGGCGGCUGUGGCUACUCUCGCAUGACCCUCUACGGCGCUCCAUGCGCCAGGGAGGCGACUGUCCACGAUCGCGCCAUCGCGGCUGAUGCUUUCACCGAGCCGCAUUUCGGGUCUGCGCACCGUACAAACUCUUUCGCCACGUCCGGUACGGCGCUGAGCGAUUGUCACCUCUCCCGGAAAGACGGCGGAGGGUUUACUCCGGCAUCGGCACGCACUUUUCUCAACUCUGACGAUAGCUUCGGCGGCCGUAGCGUGGACUCACGCCGCAGCGUGCACGACAGCCUGAUGGCCCCGGCGAGCUCGAUGUCCUGUUCUGUGCGAGGAUCUGUCGGCUCUGGCUACUACCUAGAAACCACGUUUCGGGGAGACGAGCACGAUCACGGCCAUGUCACGCGCAGCGCGGACGGCGCCGUAGUACUGAGCGCAGCGCAGCACCGACUCUCUGACUCGAUUCAUCUGGCGUCGCGAGGCGGCGCCGUCUCGCGUCUGUCCAGCGAGAACAUUUUCGGUCUAGCGCGGCGAGUCGAUGCUUCGGAGAGGGGCACGACCAUUACAGAACCGCUGCACGCGCAGCCGCACGGCCACCUUUCGGGGUUCUCGACUUCGCAGAAUGGCAGGUUUGUGUCACCGCGCGAGAGAGGCACCGUAGAGGAUGACGCGCAGUAUCUUUCUGCAAACACCGCCUCUCUCGCGUCAGUGUCAUCCGGAAACGGGCUCGGGCCCAGUGGCUGCUCGCCUUUCUACGACCUUGGCACGGUGGCGCUGGAGAGCAACAAGGCAAGCCAAAGCCGCUCACCAGUGCUCAAGAGAGACGACGUCGCACCCACGACCACAGCAGAGAUAAAUGGGAGCCGCCACUUCUCCAGCCUUCCAAGACGGCCGGCGUCCGAGGGAGGAGGCACCGUGGGCACCAAGGGAUUCGCAGCUGUGUCAUCAACGAACAGUACCGCCACGUCGGUGGCACCGAGACAGCCAUCUCUCCUGCCCAAGAUGCUCAGUGGUGCUUCCACAGAGCCGAAGGGAACGGCAUGUAGUCUGGGCUCCGUCGACAAGCCGGAGCCACCCGCCGGUCACGCACCGCAGUCGACGUCCCGCAAGCCGCGCCGCAAGGAUCCGCGAAAGUGGAACAACUCUCGGUCAACAAGCAUCGCAGCUCCAUACUUUGAGACGGAUGUGGUUGGAUCAUGGACAUCAUCCUCUCCUCCUGUGACAUCAGGGGCGAGCACAGAGGUGCAGAAACAGAAGGCAACCGCCACAUCGUUGACUGGAGCACCAUCCGCAACGCACACAGAGGAUGAUGAGAGCAGUUGCCACUCCUUAGUCACCUCUCAGCCGCCGCAGCCGCUUCAGCAACAGCUGAAUCCCUCCAGGGCACCAAACAGCACCACGUCCACCUUCACAGUCUCUCCGCCCUCGUACAACGAACGACACCAGCAGCCGUUUCUGCGACGGCGCUACCUGGAGGGCCAAGUGAAGCCCUUGAGCGCCACAGAGAUGCAGAUGGCGAUGGUGCCCUUUUCGCCUCGUCGAGAUGUGCCGCCAAGUCGUACCAGUGUCAGCGGUCCUGCGACGCAAGCGCUUCUGAAGACUGCCGUGCCAGUGCCGCCGUUACAACACGAUCAAAUCACGGUUCCAGGCACGGCGCAGGUGUGGAGCCCCAGUGGAACGGCAAGCAGCUCUGCCAGCUUCAGCGUGACUCCCGAAAAGCUCAUAACGGUGGGAAGUGGUGGUGGCGCUUGGAGGACGCAGCAUAGGCUCGCCGGGUUCACCGGUUUUCAUCGCUCUAUCGGGAUGGAGGGGCUGUGCGUCACGACAGAGAGCUCCACCGAGAAGUCCUUGCGCAGCCUUGGUGGGCGAAGCGGCACGGAGAUGCGCUUGCCGGGAGAGUCUAGCAAUGCCAUCAUGAGUCGCUCGUGCCCCUCGCUAGACUACUCCGUGGACGAAGGCACGAACCCCUUCUUGAUACAGCGCAGUGCGUCGUGGUCAGUGCACUCGGCACGCAGCACCACUGAUUCUGGAGAGGUCCUUGGUAUCGCACGCAAGAAGCGCCAAGCAGAACGUAUGAUGUCGACUGUACAUGACCUAGAGGAGGAACCCGUGACAAUGCACCCGACGUCGUCCAAGUAG